AUGGAGGCCCAUAUACAAGAGACACCAGAGGAGAAAGUAGCUACUGCUGCUUGGCCAUCACCACUGUAAGGUAUCUUACUUUGUCCCCUUUGCCCUCCCUGUCGCUCUACAGGUGUGGGCAUUGCCACAGUUGUCAUCUCCUUUGUGCUCUGCACCUACUACAACGUUCUCAUGAGCUGGGCGCUCUACUACUUCUUCAACUCAUUCCGAGCCAACCUUCCCUGGCAGUCCUGCAACAACACCUGGAAUGCUGUGGGUAACUGCUCCAGCGGUUUCCCUGGAAACGCCACCCACCUGCAAUCAGCCAGUCAGCAGUACUUUGAGUAAGCACCGUCCAACUGGGCACAAACUGGUUGAAUUGACAUUGUUUCAAUGUAAUUUGUCAACGUAUUGUGACGUGGAAUCUGUUUAAAAUACAUUUGAUUUGCAAAAAGUAAUCAACGUUAACUGUUGUUUUGAGGGUGAAAUUUCAACCACAGGAUUAGGUCCUAAUGGUAACCAAUUUUCAACAUUGACAAACCUUGUAUUAAAUAUGUUGAAUUUGUACCUUUGAAACAACGUCAUAUCUUCAAAUGUAUAUCCACUAUAAAAAUAAAAAAACAUUAGGCUGUGCAGCACCUCCUACUGAAGAGUUUAUCUACAGCUAUUAAUUUGGUCGCCCAUCUAUGGUUUUAACCAAGCCCAGCCAUGCUUAGCUUUUAUAUUUGUCACUGACUACUACCAAUGUGCUAUUGUGAGAAUGAUUAUUGAGAGAACUCUUAAUAACUAAAUAUAUUCACUGUUGCUAUCAAAGUCAUUUCAGAACGGUAGGUUUAACAGAGCAAAUGAAAUGUUACCAUACUUUAUAAUUCAUAUCACCAAUUAUAUUAUUUAGGCCUAUAUAGAAUUUGCAAAGUCAUCAGCAGCUAUUGUUCAACUAAAAAUAAACAAUAAAUAUAGGCCUACGGUUUCAAGCUUUUGUUGAUUUGAAAUGUAAUCUUCAAGUUAAUCAUUAAUACGUCUUCAUCUCAACCAACAAUCUAAGUUAAAGAAUAGGACUAAAUCAAAUCAAACUUUAUUUAAAGUGCAUUUAAAGGUUGAUUUAGAUUUUAUCCUAUUCUUAAACAUCGAUUUUUUGGUUGAGAUGGAGACGUGAUCCAACAUAUAAAUUAUUAAUUUAUAGACAAACUGGAUAUUGAAUUGUGUUUAGUUGUCAACGCAACCAAAUAUCAACAUUUGAAGGAGAUGUAUUUUCUGCUUGGAUAGUUCCAUCUGUGCCACUGAGUUAGUCUGGCUUUAAUUCCAGUAAAUCUAAUUAAAUCUAACUUUAAAUGCACUUUAAAUAACGUUUGAUUUAAUUUAGUCCUGUUCUUUAACUUGGAUUAUUGGUUGAGAUGGAGACGUGAAUCCAACAUAUAAUUAUUAACUUAUAGACAAACUGGAAUUUGUUGACAACCAAACACAUUUCAAUAUCACUUUUGCCAUACAGUAAAUAGCCUAUUAACUUGUUAACAAAUUACAUGUUGGAUUUACAUCUCCAACUAAACCAAAAUUAAAAGUUAAAGAAUAGGAUUAAACCAGUGGCUGAGAUGAAACUUUUCAAGCAUUAGAUAUUCUUUAAAUGUUAACAUUUGGAUUCAUUGUCAACCAAACACAAUUCAAUAAUAUUUUUGUAAUACAGUAAAUAUCCUAAAGUUAGGGCUAGCUUACAAACGAAUGUAACAGUAGUUAUUCAACCUUUAAAUGAGUAACACAUCCAUGGCCACAUUUUGAGGUUAGCCUAAUGUAACUAUAAAUGUAUAUUUUAUGUGAUCAUAGAAAGCGUGCAUGUUCAAGAUAGCAUGCAAAGAUAGCAGAAUCUUGAACAGCAUUGAUCACUUGCACUAUGUACUUUUAAUUUAAUUUCAACUGAAAUCCAGGUCAUUUGGUUGUGAUAGUAGAUGAAGCACAGUUAUAACACAUUGAGUUGUUGUAUUAAUACAAAAUAUCUGACUAUAUUGUAUUCCCAUUUGAACUUUGUUGUGCUUUUAAAUGGUUGAAAGCGCAAUGAUAACACAUUUAGAUGAUCACUAAACCAAAAAUCAGACAUUGUUUUUCCAUUGGAAUUUGGUUGUACUUUUAGAUGGUUGAAAGCAGUAAUAGCACAUUGGGAAUUCAACAAACUUCUGGCUGUCUUUUUGAGUUGGUUAAUAAAGGUUGAACUCUCAUUGGGAAUCUUCAUUUAAUAAAAUGUUUAUUGACGUAGUGGUAGGGCAUGAAAGUCGAGGGCAUGGGUAGGGCUCAGGACUCUUGGUGUUAUUGUUAUAGCUUGUUUUAUCGCAGAGGGUUUGUACUCUCUUUGGAUAAUCAUAUGGUGAGAAAAGUAAUGAAAACCCCAAGCUGGAUGUUAAUUGAAGCAGGAGGACAGAUUACUGUAAAGUCAGGGCUUUUGUGUUAUUGAAUGAUAACAGUAUGAUAAGCUAUGAAGGUUUCUUUAGCUUUGUUUCCCAUCCUGACCCUUCCUUCCUCUCUCAGUCACAGGCUUCUGGAGAUAACCAAUGGUAUUGAGGAGGCAGGAGGACUACGCUGGGAGCUGUUUGGCAUCCUCAUCCUGGCCUGGGUCAUUGUCUACUUAUGCAUCUUCAAAGGCGUCAAAUCCACUGGCAAGGUCAGAGUGCAUUCUCUUCCCUCACAACAGCAGCUAGUUAUUGUUAGUCCUCCUUAGAGCAGUACACUCUUUAAAAAAAAAAUGCUUUCUAGAACCUAAAAGGGUUCUUCGGCUGUUCCCAUAGGAUAACCCUUUGAAUAACCCUUGUUGCUUCCAGGUAGAAGCAUUUUGUUUCCAAGUAGAACCCUUUUGGGUUCCAUAUAGAACCCUUUCCACAGAGGGUGGACAUCAAAAGUAUGUGGACACCUGCUCGUUGAACUUCUUAUUCCAAAAUCAUGGGCAUUAUGGAGUUGGUCCCCCCUUUGCUACUAUAACCACCUCCACUCUUCUGGGAAGGCUUUCCACUAGACGUUGGAACAUUGCUGCGGGGACUUGCUUCCAUUCAGAGUCGGCAUUCCAAUUAAUCCCAAAGGUGUUAGAUGGGGUUGAGGUCAGGGCUCUGUGUAGGCUAGUAAAGUUCUUCCACACCGAUCUCAACAAACCUUUUCUGGACCUCGCUUGUCAUUGUUGAAACAGGAAAGGGCCUUCCCCAAACUGUUGCCACAACGUUGGAAGCACAGAAUCGACUAGAAUGUCAUUGUAUGCUGUAGCGUUAAGAUUUCCCUUCACUGGAACUAAGGGGCCUAGCCUGAACCAUGAAAAACAGCCCCAGACCAUUAUUCCUCCACCAAACUUUACAGUUGGCACUAUGCAUUGGCGCAGGUAGCAUUCUCCUGGCAUCCACCAAACCCAGAUUCGUCCAUCGGACUGCCAGAUGUUGAAGCGUGAUUCAUCACUCCAGAGAACACGUUUCCUCUGCUCCAGAGUCCAAUGGCGGCGAGCUUUACACCACUCCAGCCGACGCUUGGCAUUGCGCAUGGUGAUCUUAGGCUUGUGUGCGGCUGCUCGGCCAUGGAAACCCAUUUCGUGAAGCUCCCAAUGAAAAGUUAUUGUGCUGACAUUGCUUCCAAAGGCAGUUUGGAACUCGGUAGUGAGUGUUGCAACCGAAGACAGAUGAUUUUUACGCACCUAAGCACUCAGCGGUCUAGAUCUGUGAGCUUGUGUGGCCUACCACUUCGCGGCUGAGCCGUUGUUGCUCCUAGACGUUUCCCCUUCACAAUAACAGCACUUACAGUUGACCGGGGCAGUUCUAGCAGGGCAGAAAUUUGACGAACUGACUUGUUGGAAAGGUGGCAUCCUAUGACGGUGCCACGUUGAAAGUCAGCUCUUCUGUGAGGCCAUUCUACUGCCAAUGUUUGUCUAUGAAGAUUGCAUGGCUGUGUGCUCAAUUUUAUGCAACUGGCGUGACUGAAAUGGCAGGUAGCUUAGUGGGUGGCAGGUAGCUUAGUGGGUAAGAGCGUUGUGCCAGUAACCGAAAGGUCGCUGGUUCUAAUCCCCGGGCCGACUAGGUGAAAAAUCUGUCGAUGUGCCCUUAAGCAAGGCACUUAACCCUAAAUGCUCCUGUAAGUCGCUCUGGAUAAGAGCGUCUGCUAAAUGACUAAAAUGUAAAUGAAAUAGCCAAAUCCACUAAUUUGAAAGGGUGUCCACAUACUUUUGUAUAUAUAGUGUAGCUCUGACAAACAUUCAUAUUCCACAAGGCAUGCAACUAAAGGUCUCUUCAAAGUCCCUAAAGCUUUAAAAAACGAAUAAAACAGCACAUCACAGCACAACGCCUCUGACCUAAAUAGCUGUAGCAUCUCCUUCCCGAACACAUCGGGUGUUUGGGUUAAAGUUAUAGAUAAGAUGUGCCCUUGGCAUCAGGAUAUCAUGGCCUACUCAAAGAAAGCAAUUGUAAGCAAAGCCUCAGUAGAGUAAGGACAUCCUGCUUCAUAUGAUCUGCUUAGCAAAGUUUUAUUGAAGUGUAUGAAAGUGUAUUCUUAUUUUGUGUGUGACUGGUGGAUGCUGCUGGGUGUGAGUGUGGUGCAAAAUGGAAAUACAAAACACGUUUAUGAGAACGUGAGGAAACUCCUUAAUAGAACCGGAGGAAACUCCAUAAGAGAACCGGAGGAAACUCCAUAAGAGAACCGGAGGAAACUCCAUAAGAGAACCGGAGGAAACUCCAUAAGAGAACCAGAGGAAACUCCAUAAGAGAACCAAAGGCUACGCGCACUAUACCUUACCUACCUCUUUACGGGCGGUAGACUGCAAACCAUUACACUUUACCUCAGUUAACCCUUUAUGGGCAGUAGACUGUAACACAGCAAAUGUUUGGUUUAGUUCAUUUCUAUGCACAAGACAGGGCGAAGGACGUAAGUGAACCCCAUCUGAUGAUAUGAUGACUCUGUUUAAUUUAUUGAACGGAGUGGAGUGAUGGAUCUCUAAAAAGUUCACGUAUGUAGCUAAGGAGAAGGAUUAAAUUGAAACUUAAGCUGCAGAAAACUACAACACGGUUGCUGAGGUGAAGGAUUAAAUUGAAGCCUUAGUGGGGAGGAAACUCCAUCUGUAGCUCAUUGCAAUGAGCAGGGUGUGAAAGACUUCAUAGAAGCACCAAUCUGAUGAUGACUGUUCAAUUUAUUGAACAUAGUGGAGUGAUGGAUCUCUUAAAAAGUCCACAUACACUACCGGUCAAAAGUUUCAGAACACCUACUCAUUCAAGGGUUCUUCUUUAUUUUUACUAUUUUCUAUGCAAUAACACAUAUGGAAUCAUGUAGUAACCAAAAAUAUUUUAUAUUUGAGAUUCUUCAAGUAGCCACCCUUUGCCUUGAUGACAGCUUUGCACACUCUUGGCAUUCUCUCAACCAGCUUCAUGAGGUAGUCACCUGGAAUGCAUUUAAAUUAACAGGUGUGCCUUCUUAAAAGUUAAUUUGUGGAAUUUCUUUCCUUAAUGCGUUUGAGCCAAUCAGUUGUGUUGUGACAAGGUAGGGGGGGUAUACAGAAGAUAGCCCUAUAUGGUAAAAGACAAGUCCAUAUUAUGGCAAGAACAGCUGAAAUAAGCAAAAAGAAAUGACAGUCCAUCAUUACUUUAAGACAUGAAGGUCAGUCAAUACGGAAAAUUUCAAGGACUUUCAAAGUUUCUUCAAGUGCAGUCGCAAAAAAACAUCAAGCGCUAUGGGCCCCGUGUAGCUCAGUUUGUAGAGCAUGGCGCUUGCAACGCCAGGGUUGUGGGUUCGAUUCCCACGGGGGGCCAGUAUGAUUUUGUUUUUUAAAAUAAAAAAUGAAUGCACUCACUAACUGUAAGUCGCUCUGUAUAAGAGCGUCUGCUAAAUGUCUAAAAUUUAAAAUGUAAAUGAUGAAACUGACUCUCAUGAGGACCGCCACAGGAAUGGAAGACCCAGAGUUACCUCUGCUGCAGAGGAUACGUUCAUUAGAGUUACCAGCCUCAGAAAUUGCAGCCCAAAUAAAUGCUUCACAGAGUUCAAGUAACAGACACAUCUCAACAUCAAAUGUUCAGAGGAGACUGCGUGAAUCAGGCCUUCAUGGUCGAAUUGCUGCAAAGAAACCACUACUAAAGGACACCAAUAAGAAGAAGAGACUUGCUUGGGCCAAGAAACAUGAGCAAUGGACAUUAGACCGGUGGAAAUUUGGAGAUUUUUGGUUCCAACCGCAGUGUCUUUGUGAGACGCGGUGUGGGGGAACGGAUGAUCUCCGCAUGUUUAUUUCCCACUGUAAAGCAUGGAGGAGGAGGUGUUAUGGUAUGGGGGUGCUUUGCUGGUGACACUGUCUGUGAUUUAUUUAGAAUUCAAGGCACACUUAACCAGCAUGGCUACCACUGCAUUCUGCAGUGAUACGCCAUCCCAUCAGGUUUGGGCUUAGUGGGACUAUCAUUUGUUUUUCAACAGGACAAUGACCAAACACACCUGCAGGCUGUGUAAGGGCUAUUUGAUGAAGAAGAAGAGUGAUUUGUUUAACACUUUUUUUGGUUACUACAUGAUUCCAUAUGUGUUAUUUCAUAGUUCUGAUGUCUUCACUAUUAUUCUACAAUGUAGAAAAAGUAAAAAUAAAGAAAAACCUUUGAAUGAGUAGGUGUUCUAAAACUUUUUACCGGUAGUGUAUGUAGCUAAAAUGAAGGAUUAAAUUGAAACUUUAGCUGGAGGAAUCUCCUACAAGGUUGGUGAGGUGAGGUGAAGGAUUGAAUUGAAGCCUUAGCGGGGAGGAAUCUCCAUCUGUAGCUCAUUUUUGAGCUGAAUGGCAUGGUUGCUAGGGUGAAAACUGUGGAGGAAUUGGUGCAUUUACAUUAUUUUCUAUUACUUCUGUAUGAGAAGACAUAAAUAGUCCUCAGUAACAUCCAUAGCCGCGGGAAGUAGGGGUGCUGAGGGUGCUGCAGCACCCCCUGAUAAAUCAUAAUGUAUUUUUUCCACAACAUUAGUGCACUGGGGCUUUAUUACUCCUGUAUGAGAAGACAUAAAUAGUCGUAAGCAGCGCGGGGAGAACAAAUCCCCCCCCCCCAAAAUGAUGUAGUUCUGUACCUGUAUAUUAAUGUUAUGUAUAAUGUCAUUUUAUGUAGUUCUCUCCUUCAGCUGUAAUUGUCUAUUAAUGUUAUGUAUUAUGUCAUCUUAUAUGUGUUGUGUGGAAGAGUAGCUGCAGCUUGGUUGUAGCUAAUGGGGAUCCUAAUAAAAUACCAAAUAAAUACAAUACAUUUAAACUAAUAAUAUACUUACUGAUUUUUUCUUCUCACUCUCUGUGCUUUAGGUUGUUUAUUUCACAGCCACGUUCCCAUACUUCAUUCUGUUCGCCUUGCUCAUCAACAAUGUCCAGCUUCCCGGGGCCAAGAAUGGGAUGCGCUACUUCCUGAAGCCUAACUGGAGCAAGCUGCUUGAAGUUCAGGUCUGACAUACUGUAGGAGAGGAUCAAUGAGGAUUAAGGGGCGGUUUCCCAGACACAGAUUAAGCCUACACUCUUAUAAAAAAGGGUUAUUCGGCUGUCCCCAUAGGAGAACCCUUUUUGAUUCCAGGUAGAGCCCUUUUUGGUUCCAGGUAGAACUCUUUUGGGUUCCAUGUCGAGCCCUCUGUGGAAAGGGUUCUACAUGGAACCAAAAAGGGUUCUUCAAAGGGUUCUCCUAUGGGGACAGCCGAAGAACCCUUUUAGGUUCUAGAUAGCACCUUUUUUUUCUAAGAGUGUAGUCUUGGACAAAAAAUUAUCUCCAUUGAAAAAGCAUUUUAGUCCAGGAUUAGGUUUAAUCUGUUCCUGGGAAACCACCUAGAAGUGUAUUUGUGUUCUUGUUUUACAGAAUGAGUAAAGAAGUUGUGUCCCUCUCUCACCUUUAUCCACUCACCUCUGCCUUACUGCAGGUGUGGGUUAACGCUGCAGCCCAGGUAUUCAACUCCAUUGGAAUAGGAUUUGGCUCCAUGAUCUCCAUGGCCAGUUACAACAAGUUCAACAACAACAUCCUUAGGUUAGACAUGCAGUCUCCUAUACCAACCACUACAGUACCACUUUGUCUUUGCCAUGAUUGUCUGCAGAUCCACAGUGUAAGUCUAUAGUUCAAAAAUAAUAACUACCUCUCAGUAGUGGUGCGUGGCUAAAAUCACUGGGGAAGCCAAGCUAGGGAAAAAAAAGCCAUAUUACAACCUAUGUGUUGUAAUAAUUUUGUUGUUUGCUCUAUAAUCUGUCUUGCCACCGUGAUAUAUAGGCCUAGGCUGAAACAAUAAGAAGACACAAUGGCAAAAUAAAUUCAACCACACCUUUGUUUCAUCACAAAACCGUAGAGCAACAUCCGUCCGGUGGAGUCCACAAAACAACCAUAUUGCAUGUAGCAAAUAACAAAGCAUAUUGCAUGUAACAAAUAGUUACGUGACCUGCAGCAUGGUCAAUCAAGUUAAUGUUUCAGUAAUUUUUGGACUACUAAACAACUAUUGAUUUAAAACACCGGAGCAUUACCGCAAGUCGCAAAGAAAACAGGAGCUGCCUCAACUAUUCCAGCACCAUUUAGUCUAAUACAGUGACAACUAAAAGAUUCCAAAAACAAUUUAGUCCAUUCAAUGUAAGCUAAAUAUCAUGUGGCUGUCCAUGGCACUGAUUUGUGUGUGUGUGCGUAAGUAGAGAAAACAUGUUGACUCAACCAACUUGUAGAGAAACGCCAUGUCAUCCUCCUCUCUCAUGUUGCUGAAACGGUCUAUGACUCUGUCAUACAGUACACACUUUUAGUUUCUGUUGUCCUAAGCUACCUGGCUAAAAUGCUUGCUCGCUAGCCUAGCUUCCUUUCAUGACAACAAUUAUCCAGCUAGUUAACAUUAGCCUACUACAUCUAGCUACAUAUUGAACUUCCAUCCUCUCAAGCCAGAGGCACAAUGUAUGAAUUUAAGGUUGGAUCAGAAUCGCUGUUAUAAUCUUUGGCCAGUACGGAGAAUUAAGUAAAACCACAAGUCCAAAUCCCUAUCUCCAUCCAUGGCUAAUUUAGUAAAGGGCCAAUUUUACCUAGCUAACUAACCACCGGAGGACAACAACACAAUGUGAUGCAUCAAUGUACGUUUUUUUUCUGUCAAAUUACGUUUGGCUUGAUGUGAUGUGAUUGGUGUGAAGCCAAAUCCAAACUGGCUUCACUUGACACUUUUUUUAUUUUUUUGGUGCGCCAGGACCAUUUACAGUUGAGCUCACUCAGUUUAGCUCAACACUGAUUGGCUAUUAUUGUAUUAAAAAAAAUAUCAAUGGAGGCCAAAUGCUCGCUGGCUUCCCUUUCAUUCAAUGCUGUGGGCGGCAACAAUAUCAUACUAUUUUUGACCAGACGGCAUCAGAAAAAUGGGCUACACAUACAGAGACGGGAUCUGUUUCGCUCGCUCGGAUGCUUUCACCGGUGAGAUACAUUCAGCCUCUUGUGAAUUGAGGGAAAAUUAUGAAACGCAGAGAGACGAAAGAUACAUAAUUUUAUUUUUAUUUUAUAUAUAUUUUUUUGUCGAUUGUUGGGGGAAGCCUGAUUUCCCUUGGCAACCAUUAAUACAUCCCACUGCUGCCUCUCAUGGUGACUAAGAGCAGUUAACUGUGUUUUCUCAAUAAGGCCCACCAUGUUUUGUACAUCAACAGAUCCGUCAAUACAUUCCCGAUUUGUAACCUUAAAGAUUUACCGAACUGUGCCAUUGUACACUGUACUGCUGUUUCCCAUGAUUGGUAUCAAUAAAUGUAAACACAAAAGAUCCCUGUUUGAGCAUGUAAAGUUAUCAAGACUAAAACUCCUCCAUACAUUCUUCUAAGGGAGGCACUGCUGCUCCUCCUUUUAAAAUGCAUAUCUAGUUCAAAUCAGUGUUAUUCUUUCUUAUUUCUGUGAGAAUAGCUAAAUAGACAUAGCAUGUGCGACGAGGACGUUGUUUUGUGGACUAAAAUGGUAUUUCAGAAUUGAGAAAACUAUUAGCUUUGACGAAGGCGUAAAGCCUCAGUGGAACUGGUUGCUACACAAGUGCUUGGCUAUUCCUCAGAAGCAACCAACCAUGUUGCUUGUCCCUGGCCAGUUACUGUAGUUACUCACCACAGACUGUACUUCAAACCAAAUGGCUAGUUUUAGCCCUCAGAGCUAAGUGUUCUCCUUAGUGAUCCACUUAACUAUGAGAAAUCCCAUCAGUCUGACUGUUGUGUUUGUUUUCUUGUCCUCCCCUAGGGACACGUUGAUUGUCUCUUUAGCUAACUCAGCCACCAGUAUCCUGGCUGGCUUUGUGAUAUUCUCAGCCAUCGGCUACAUGGCUCAUAUCCACAACCUCCCAGUGGACAACAUCGCCACAGAUGGUAAGUACUUCCUGUUUAAGUGGGACUUCUUUGAUUGCUGUUCAUCCAUCUACUUCAGUGGAGGCUGCUCACAGGAGGAAGGGGAGGACCAUCUUCCUCAGUGAAUUUCAUAAAAAUAAAUUUAAAACAUAAAAAAAGUUAUCAUUUUUAGAUAAAACUAUACUAAAUAUAAUCACAUGUCACCAAAUAAUUGACUAAAACACACUAUUUUGCAAAGAAGGUCUGCAGUAGCCUCCACAGCACUAUUUAGGGUAUCAUCAUGGUGUAGCCGGAGGACAGAUAGCUUCCGUCAUCCUCUGGGUACAUUGACUUCAAUACAAAACCUAGGAAGCUCAUGGUUCUCACCCCCUUCCAUAGACUUACACAGUAAUUAUGACAACUUCCGGAGGACGUCCUCCAACCUAUCAGAGCUCUUUCAGCAUGAACUGACAUGUUGUCCACCCAAUCAAAGGAUCAGAGAAUGAAUCUAGUACUGAAAGCAUAAGCUACAGCUAGCUAGCACGGCAGUGCAUAAAAUGUGGUGAGUAGUUGACUCAAAGAGAGAGAAAGACAAUAGUUGAACAGUUUUGAACCAAUUAAUUUCUUCCAAAAUAAAGGACAAGCAAGAGAGAAAUAGAGGGAGAGAGGUGUGUCCAAACUUUUGACUGGUACUGUAUAUACAGUUGAAGUCGGAAGUUUACAUACACUUAGGUUGGAGUCAUUAAAACUUGUUUUUCAACCACUCCACACAUUUCUUGAUAACAAACUAUAGUUUUGGCAAGUCGGUUAGGACAUCUACUUUGUGCAUGUCAUUUUUCCAACAAUUGUUUACAGACAGAUUAUUUCACUUAUAAUUCACUGUAUCACAAUUCCAAUGGGUCAGAAGUUUACAUACACUAAGUUGACUGUGCCUUUAAACAGCUUGGAAAAUUCCAGAAAAUGAUGUCGUGGCUUUAGAAGCUUCUGAUAGGCUAAUUGACAUCAUUUGAGUCAAUUGGCGGUGCACCUGUGGAUGUAUUUCAAGGCCUACCUUCAAACUCAGUGCCUCUUUGCUUGACAUCAUGGGAAAAUCUAAGGAAAUCAGCCAAGACCUCAGAAAAAAAGUCUGGUUCAUCCUUGGGAGAAAUUUCAAAAUGUCUGAAGGGACCACGUUUAUCUGUACAAACAAUAGUACGCAAGUAUAAACACCAUGGGACCACGCAGCCGUCAUACCACUCAGGAAGGAGACACGUUCUGUCUCCUAGAGAUUAACGUACUUUGAUGCGAAAAGUGCAAAUCAAUCCCAGAACAACAGCAAAGGACCUUGUGAAGAUGCUGGAGGAAACAGGUACAAAAGUAUCUAUAUCCACAGUAAAACGAGUCCUAUAUUGACAUAACCUGAAAGGCCGCUCAGCAAGGAAGAAGCCACUGCUCCAAAACCGCCAUAAAAAAGCCAGACUACGGUUUGCAACUACACAUGGGGACAAAGAUCUUACUUUUUGGAGAAAUGUCCUCUGGUCUGAUGAAACAAAAAUAGAACUGUUUGGCCGUAAUGACCAUCGUUAUGUUUGGAGGAAAAAGGGGGUUGCUUGCAAGCCGAAGAACACCAUCCCAAUUGUGAAGCACGGGGGUGGCAGCAUCAAACUGUGGGGGUGCUUUACUGCAGGAGGGACUGGUGCACUUCACAAAAUAGAUGGCAUCAUGAGGAAGGAAAAUGAUGUGGAUAUAUUGAAGCAACAUCUCAAGACAUCAGUCAGGAAGUUAAAGCUUGGCCGCAAAUGGGUCUUCCAAAUGGACAAUGACCCCAAGCAUACUUCCAAAGUUGUGGCAAAAUGGCUUAAGGACAACAAAGUCAAGGUAUUGGAGUGGCCAUCACAAAGCCCUGACCUCAAUCCUAUAGAAAAUGUGUGGGCAGAACUGAAAAGGCGUGUGCCAGCAAGGAGGCCUACAAACUUGGCUCAGUUACACCAGCUCUGUCAGGAGGAAUGGGCCAAAAUUCACCCAACUUAUUGUGGGAAGCUUGUGAAAGGCUACCCGAAACGUUUGACCCAAGUUAAACAAUUUAUACCAAAUACUAAUUGAGUGUAUGUAAACUUCUGACCCACUGGGAAUGUGAUGAAAUAAAUAAAAGCUGAAAUAAAUAAUUCUCUCUACUAUUAUUCUGACAUUUCACAUUCUUCAAAGAAAGUGGUGAUGCUAACUGACCUAAGACAGGGAAUUUUUACUAGGAUUAAAUGUCAGGAAUUGUGAAAAACUGAGUUUAAAUGUAUUUGGCUAAGGUAUAUGUAAACUUCCGACUUCAACUGUGUGUGGUAUGUAUGUAUGUAUGUAUGUGUGUGUGUAUGUAUAUAUAUAUAUAUAUAUAUAUACAGUGGGGAGAACAAGUAUUUGAUACACUGCCGAUUUUGCAGGUUUUCCUACUUACAAAGCAUGUAGAGGUCUGUCAUUUUUAUCAUAGAUACACUUCAACUGUGAGAGACGGAAUAUAAAACAAAAAUCCAGAAAAUCACAUUGUAUGAUUUUUAAGUAAUUAAUUUGCAUUUUAUUGCAUGACAUAAGUAUUUGAUACAUCAGAAAAGCAGAACUUAAUAUUUGGUCCAGAAACCUUUGUUUGCAAUUACAGAGAUCAUACGUUUCCUGUAGGUCUUGACCAGGUUUGCACACACUGCAGCAGGGAUUUUGGCCCACUCCUCCAUACAGACCUUCUCCAGAUCCUUCAGGUUUCGGGGCUGUCGCUGGGCAAUACGGACUUUCAGCUCCCUCCAAAGAUAACUUAUUUUAAAAAAUUAUAAAAAAUAAAUAACGGAAAAGUGGUGCGUGCAUAUGUAUUCACCACCUUUGCUAUGAAGCCCCUAAAUAAGAUCUGGUGCAACCAAUUACCUUCAGAAGUCACAUAAUUAGUUAAAUAAAGUCCACCUGUGUGCAAUCUAAGUGUCACAUGAUAUGUCACAUGUUCUCAGUAUGUAUACACCUGUUCUGAAAGGCCCAGAGUCUGCAACACCACUAAGCAAGGGGCACCACCAAGAAAGUUGCACCAUGAAGACCAAGGAGCUCUCCAAACAGGUCAGGGACAAAGUUGUGGAGAUGUACAGAUCAGGGUUGGGUUAUAAGAAAAUAUCCGAAACUUUGAACAUCCCACGGAGCACCAUUAAAUCCAUUAUUAAAAAAUGGAAAGAAUAUGGCACCACAACAAACCUGCCAAGAGAGGGCCACCCACCAAAACUCACGGACCAGGCAAGGAGGGCAUUAAUCAGAGAGGCAACAAAGAGACCAAACAUAACCCUGAAGGAGCUGCAAAGUUCCACAGCGGAGAAUGGACUAUCUGUCCAUAGGACCACUUUAAGCCGUACACUCCACAGAGCUGGGCUUUACAGAAGAGUGGCCAGAAAAAAGCCAUUGCUUACAGAAAAAAAAAAAACAUGUUUGGUGUUCGCCAAAAGGCAUGUGGGAGACUCCCCAAACAUAUGGAAGAAGGUACUCUGGUCAGAUGAGACUAAAAUUGAGCUUUUUGGCCAUCAAGGAAAACGCUAUGUCUGGCACAAACCCAACACCUCUCAUCACCCCGAGAACACCAUCCCCACAGUGAAGCAUUUUUAUGAUGAAAAAAAGCACAAAAAAAAUAAAUAAAAUUAACUGAAAAAAGAAAAAAAAAGACUAAUUAAUAAAAAGAAAACAGAAUACUAAAUAAGUUUUAAAAAUACAUAAAGAAAGGAAAUAAACAAAAAAUUGUAAAGUGGUUAUACCACUGGCUAUAAGGUGAAUGCACCUAUUUGUAAGUCGCUCUGGAUAUGAGCGUCUGCUAAAUGACAUAAAUGUAAAUGUGGUGGCAGCAUCAUGCUCUGGGGAUAUUUUUCAUCGGCAGGGACUAGGAAACAGGUUAGAAUUGAAGGAAAUGAUGGAUGGCGCUAAAUAGAGGGAAAUUCUUCAGGGAAACCGGUUUCAGUCUUCCAGAGAUUUGAGACUGGGACGGAGGUUCACCUUCCAGCAGGACAAUGACCCUAAGCAUACUGCUAAAGCAACACUCGAGUGGGGGGGGGGGGGGGGGGUGAAUAGUUAUGCACGCUCAAGUUUUCCGUUUUUUUGUCUCAUUUCUUGUUUGUUUCACCCCAAAAAAUAUUUUGCAUCUUCAAAGGUAGGCAUGUUGUGUAAAUUAAAUUAUACAAACCCCCCCAAAAUCAAUUUUAAUUAUAGGUUGUAAGGCAACAAAAUAGGAAAAAUGCCAAGUGGGGGUGAAUACUUUCCCAAGCCACUGUAUUUGGGCUGCAAUUUCUGAGGCUGGUAACUCUAAUGAACUUAUCAAUGCAGCAGAGGUAACUCUGGGUCUUCCUUUCCUGUGGCAGUCCUCAUGAGAGCCAGUUUCAUCACAGCGCUUGAUGGUUUUUGCGACUGCACUUGAAAAAACGUUCAAAGUUCUUGAAAUUUUCCGGAUUGACUGACCUUCAUGUCUUAAAGUAAUCAUGGACUGUCAUUUCUCUUUGCUUAUUUGAGCUGUUCUUGCCAUAAUAUGGACUUGGUCUUUUACCAAAUAGGGCUAUCUUCUCUUUACCACCCCUACCUUGUCACAACGCAACUGAUUUGGCUCAAAAGCAUUAAGAAGGAAAGAAAUUCCAACAAUUAACUUUUAACAAGGCACACCUGUUAAUUGAAAUGCAUUCCAGGUGACUAGCUCAUGAAGCUGGUUGAGAGAAUGCCAAGAGUGUGAAAAGCUGUCAUCAAGGCAAAGGGUGGCUACUUUGAAGAAUCUCAAAUGUAAAAUAUAUUUCAGUUUGUUUAACACUUUUGGUUACUACAUGAUUCCAUAUGUGUUAUUUCAUAGUUUUGAUGUAUUCACUAUUAUUCUACAAUGUAGAAAAUAGUACAAAAUAAAGAAAAACCCUAGAAUGAGUAGGUGUGUCCAAACUUUUCACUUGUACUGUAUAUACAUAUAUUUAUAUAUAUAAACAGUGCAUUUGGAAAUUAUUCAGAUCCCUUGUCUUUUUCCACAAUUUGUUACGUUACAGCUUUAUUCUAAAAUUGAUUAAAUGUUUUUUUCCCUGAUCAAUCUACACAAUACCCCAAAAUGACAAAGCGAAAACAGUUUUUUAGAAAUUGAAGCCCCUUUGGCAGCGAUUACAGCCUCGAGUCUUCUUGGGUAUGACGCUACAAGCUUGGCACACCUGUAUUUGGGGAGUUUGUCCCAUUCUUCUCUGCAGAUCCUCUCAAUCUCUUUCAGGUUGAAUGGAGAGCGUCGCUGCUCAGCUAUUUUCAGGUCUCUCCAGAGAUGUUUGAUCGGGUUCAAGUCCGGGCUCUGGCUGGGCCACUCAAGGACAUUCAGAGACUUGUCCCGAAGCCACUCCUGCGUUGUCUUGGCUGUGUGCUUAGGGUCGUUGUCCUAUUGGAAGGUGAACCUUCAUCCCAGUCUGAGGUCCUGAGCACUCUGUGGCAGGUUUUCAUCAAGGAUCUCUCUGUACUUGGCUCUGUUCAUCUUUCCCUCGAUCCUGACUAGUCUCCCAGUCCCUACCGCUGAAAAACAUCACCACAGCAUGAUGCUGCCACCACCAUGCUUCACCGUAGGGAUAGUGCCAGGUUUCCUCCAGACGUGACACUUGGCAUUCAGGCCAAAGAGUUCAAUCGGUUUCAUCAGACCAGAGAAUCUUGGUUCUCAUGGUCUGAGAGUCCUUUAGGUACCUUUUGGCAAACACCAAGCGGGCUGUCAUGUGCCUUUUUAUUGAGGAGUGGCUUCCGUCUGGCCACCCUACCAUAAAGGCCUGAUUGGUGGAGUGCUGCAAAGACGGUUGUCCUUCUGGAAUGUUCUCCCAUCUCCACAGAGGAACUCUGGAGCUCUGUCAGAGUGACCACCGGGCGGCCAGCUCUAGGAAGAGUCUUGGUGGUUCCAAACUUCUUCAAUUUAAGUAUGAUGGAGGCCACUGUGUUCUUGGGGACCUUCAAUGCUGCAGAAGUUUUUUGGUACCCUUCACCAUAUCUGUGCCACGACACAAUCCUGUCUCGGAGCUCUACGGACAAUUCCUUCGACCUCAUGGCUUGGUUUUUGCUCUGACAUGCACUGUUAACUGUGGGAUCUUAUAUAGAGAGGUGUGUGCCUUUCCAAAUCAUGUCCAAUCAAUUUAAUUUACCACAGGUGGAUUCCAAUCAAGAUGUAGAAACAUCUCAAGGAUGAUCAAUGGAAACAGGAUGCACAUUAGCUCAAUUUCGAGUCUCAUAGCAAAGGGUCUGAAUACUUACGUAAAUAAGGUAUUUGUUUUUUAUUUUCAAUCAAUUUGCAAACAUUUCUAAAAACCUGCUUUCGCUUUGUCAUUAUGGGGUAUUGUGUGUAGAUUGAUGAGGAAAAAUGUGUAUUCUUCAAUUUAAGAAUAAGGCUGUAACGUAACAAAAUGUGGAAAAAGUGAAGGGUUCUGAAUAUUUUCCAAAUGCACCGUAGAGAGGUAGAUAUAUCUAUUUGAAAUGAAUUGUGAAUUAAACUUGGAUUCGCUUAAGGUGAACUUCAGGUGAAACAGCAACACAUGUGAUUGUUCACACAGUGUAAUUAGGACCUUUUGGAGAAAGUAUAGUAGGGAUUAACCAGUGUGCCUGCCAGACUCUGCUCAGGCUUGGCUCAGUCCCACAUAUGAUCUCAGAUACCGGCUUUGAAACACACAAGUGUGUCUCACUGCUGACUGACUGUUCUACACCGACUGACAUCUGGUGGAUGGCAAUUCAAGAGCUUGGGACUAUUAGGUUCUAUCUGCAAAAAGAGGAUUUUGAGAUAAUUGGCUUUUAAAGUUCCAAACCCUCACUGGUUUGAAUGAUGUCAGCAAUUUUUGAUCUUGUAUUCUUUUGAACGUAACAACAUACAUUGGGCUAUUUAGAGUACAAUAUAGGUAAAGAACAUUGAAUAGAACAAGGCUAUGUCAACAACUUAAUUUUGAAAAAAAUGCAGAGAACCUUAUAGUCCCAAGCUCUCAAAUUAUUGACUAGAUAGUUUGUUCUGUGAGUGUGAGGUAAUGGUGGUAUACAGUCAGAUGAUAGUAAUGGUGAGGUGUUCAGGACAUUCUAUAUGAUAUGGCUCUGUUUCAUUCCCUUCAUGAAUGUAUGAAGAGCACUUCUGUGCUCUAACGUCUUUUGUUAGGUCAAAUUACUGAUGUGGUGAACUGCAUGAAUUAUUGAAGUAUUUUGAGGGUGGAAAAGGUGGCCCAUGUACCUUGUUUUUUUAUUGAAUGCUUUGACUUCCUUGUUUAGGUUGAGAAUAACCACUGGUGUCAUUUAUCUGUAAAAUGUUCUCAACAAAGUACCAUUCUAUGGUAUGUGUCUGUGCCACAGGUCCUGGCUUGGUGUUUGUGGUGUAUCCAGAGGUCUUCUCCACUAUGCCUCUGCCCCAGUUGUGGGCUCCUCUGUUCUUCUUCAUGCUUCUCUGCCUGGGACUGGACAGCCAGGUUAGACACACACACAACAUUGUAGCUCAUGAACAAUUACAAUUCCUUUUUAAUUUUAUUUAGAUUGAUGGUAGGAGAGAGUGAGACAGAGGAGGGAAGAAAGGAAGUGUAGAAAUGCCGGACCAGGGAAUUGAACCCUGACCGCAUGUGUACUCUGGAGUUGGGCGGCAGGUAGCUUAGUGGGUAAGAGCGCUGUGCCAGUAACCCGAAAGGUCGCUGGUUCUAAUCCCUGAGCCGACUAGGUGAAAAAUCUGUCGAUGUGCCCUUAAGCAAGGCACUUAACCCUAAUUGCUCCUGUAAGUUGCUCUGGAUAAGAGUGUCUGCUAAAUGACUAAAAUGUAAAAUGAGUUGGCAGUGUUACCACUCAACCAAACUCUGGUACAGGCUGUGCUUGUGCAUUUUAUUGUUUUGUUUUUUAUAGCAAAUAUAGAACAGAAUCCACAGGAAGCAAUUCCACCUCUAAGCUAAAUGGUUAGUAAGUUCAUAGUUGAAAUCCUGUAACAAUGCCAGAGAGGGAGAGAGAUAUCAAUGGACAUUUGCUGUAUUUACAUUACCCAAAAACAGUCCCCAGUCUCAAACCCAGAUCUCAGUGUAAAUGUCCACUGUGCUGUACUGUGCCCUGCAGUUUGCCAUGGUGGAGGUGGCGGUGACGUCCAUAAUAGACAGCUUCGGCCAUAAGGUGCUGCGUGUCCUGAAGAGACAGGAGCUCAUCGUUCUGGCCGUCUGUGUUAUGGGCUUCCUUCUAGGCAUUCCUCACAUCACUAAGGUAAGGUAAUCCUGUCAGAUAUAAUUACUAUUCAUGGGGUAACCCCCACCCCUCCUUCUCUGACAUAGACUGUAUGCUCAUGUUUGGACCUGUUUACAGUGGCUUCGGAAAGUAUUCAGACCCCUUUACUUUUUCCACAUUUUGUUACGUUACAGCCUUAUUCUAAAAUUGAUUAAAUAGUUUUUUUCCCUCAUCAAUCUACACACAAUACCCCAUAAUGACAAUGCAAAAACAGGUUUUUAGAAAGUUUUGCAAAUGUAUUACAAUUAAAAAAACAAUAAUUACAGCGAUUACAGCAUCGAGUCUUCUUGGGUACGCUACAAGCUUGUCACACCUGUAUUUGGGGAGUUUCUCCCAUUCUUCUCUGCAGGUCCUCUCAAGCUAUGUCAGGUUGGAUGGGGAGUGUUGCUGCACAGCUAUUUUCAGGGGUCUCCAGAGCUGUUCGAUGGGGUUCAAGUCCAGGCUCUGGCUGGGCCACUCAAGGACAUUCAGAGACUUGUCCCGAAGCCACUCCUGCGUUGUCUUGGCUGUGUGCUUAGGGUUGUUGUCCUGUUGGAAGGUGAACCAUCGCCCCAGUCUGAGGUCCUGAACGUUCUGGAGCAGGUUUUCAUCAAGGAUCUUUCUGUACUUUGCUCCGUUCAUCUUUCCUCGAUCCUGACUAGUCUCCCAGUCUCUGCCGCUGGAAAACAUCCCCACAGCAUGAUGCUGCCACCACCAUGCUUCAUCGUAGGGAUGGUGCCAGGUAUCCUCCAGAUGUGACGCUUGGCAUUCAGGCCAAAGAGUUCAAUCUUGGUUUCAUCAGACCAGAGAAUCUUGUUUUUCAUGGUCUGAGAGUCCUUUAGGUGCCUUUUGGCAAACUCCAAGCGGGCUGUCAUGUGCCUUUUACUGAGGAGUGGCUUCUGUCUGGCCACUCUACCAUAAAGGCCUGAUUGGUGGAGUGCUGCAGAGAUGGUUGUCCUACUGGAAGUUUCCCAUCUCCACAGAGGAGCUCUAGAGCUCUGUCACCUACCUGACCAAGGCCCUUCUCCACCGAUUGCUCAGUUUGGCCAGGCGGCCAGCUCUAGGAAGAGUCUUGGUGGUUCCAAACUUUCUUCCAUUUAAGAAUGAUGGAGGCCACUGUGUUCAUGGGGACCUUCAAUGCUGCAGAAAUGUUUUGCUACCCUUCCCCAGAUCUGUGCCUCAACACAAUCCUGUCUCAUAGCUCUACGGACAAUUCCUUCGACCUCAUGGCUUGGUUUUUGCUCUGACUGUCAACUGUGGGACCUUAUAUAGACAGGUGUGUGCCUUUUCAAAUCAUGUCCAAUCAAUUGAAUUUACCACAGGUGGACUGCAAUCAAGUUGUAGAAACAUCUUAAGGAUGAUCAAUGGAAACAGGAUGCACCUGAGCUCAAUUUUGAGUCUCAUAGCAAAGGGUCUGAAUACUUAUGUAAAUAAGGUAUUUCUGUUUAUUAUUUUUAAUAUAUUUGCUAAAAUAAAAAAUAAAGCUAUUUUCGAUUUUCAUUAUGGGGUAUUGUGUGUAGAUUGCUGAGGAAAUGUUUUUAUUUAAUUAUGGGGUAUUGUGUGUAGAUUGCUGAGGAAAUGUUUUUAUUUAAACCAUUUUAGAAUAAAGCUGUAACGUAACAAAAUGUGGAAAAAGUGAAGGGGUCUGAAUACUUUCCAAAGGCACUGUAUUUUAGUUUUUUUCUGUAUGCGACUAAAACGACUCCCUCUCUCUCCACAGGGGGGCAUCUAUGUGUUCCAGUUGAUGGACCACUACACUGCUGUGGUGUCGCUCAUGUUCCUGUCCUUCUUUGAAGUAAUCGCUGUCUGCUGGGUUUUUGGUAAUACCCAGCACCUUCUCUACCCUUAUGAUGAUAUUCAACAGCCUGGAAAUGACUUUGGUCUUACAGUAAUUGAUUACAUGUAACAUCCUGAUUAUGAGUGAGAUCUUACAGGACUUUGUUUAUUUAUACAAGAAAAUUACACUAUAUAUACAAAAGUAUGUGGACACCCCUUCAAAUUAGUGGAUUCGGCUAUUUCAGCCAGACCCGUUGCUGACCGGUGUAUAAAUUCAAGCACACAGCCAUGCAAUCUUCAUAGACAAACAUUGGCAGUAGAAUGGCCUUACUGAAGAGCUGUGAGCAGUGACUUUCAACGUGGCACCGUCAUAGGAUGCCAACUUUCCAACUAGUCAGUUUGUCAAAUUUCUGCCCUGCUAGAGCUGCCCCGGUCAACUGUAAGUGCUGUUAUUGUGAAGUGGAAACGUCUAGGAGCAACAACGGCUCAGCCGCAAAGUGGGAGAACACACAAGCUCACAGAACAGGACCGCCGAGUGCUGAAGUGUGUAAAAAUCAUCUGUCCUCUGUUGCAACACUCACUACCGAGUUCCAAACUGCCUCUGUAAGCAACGUCAGCACAAUAACUGUUCGUUGGGAGCUUCACAAAAUGGGUUUCCAAGGCCGAGCAGCCGCACACAAGCCUAAGAUAAUGCGCAAUGCCAAGCGUCGGCUGGAGUGGUGUAAAGUUUGCCGGCAUUGGACUCUGGAGCAGUGGCAACACGUUCUCUGGAGUGAUGAAUCACGCUACACCAUCUGGCAGUCCGACGGACAAAUCUGGGUUUGUCGGAUGCCAGGAGAACGCUACCUGCCCCAAUGCAUAGUACCAACUGUAAAGUUUGGUGGAGGAGGAAUAAUGGUCUGGGGCUGUUUUUCAUGGUUCGGGCUAGGCCCCUUAGUUCCAGUGAAGGGAAAUCUUAACGCAAAAGCAUACAAUGACAUUCUAGACGAUUGUGGCAACUCCCUGCAGCAAUGUUCCAACAACUAGUGGAAAGCCUUCCCAGAAGAGUGGAGGCUGUUAUAGCAGCAAAGGGGGUACCAACUCCAUAUUAAUGCCCAUGAUUUUGGAAUGAGAUGUUCGACGAACAGGUGUCCACAUACUUUUGUUCAUGUAGUGUACACUUUGCUCUACAAACAGUAUGUAUGUCUGAGUUAAUUUAAGGAUUUAAUGCAAUGUGUUUUUGCAGGACUGCGGCGGAUGACCAUCAUGAUCAAGAGAAUGUUGGGAAAGGCUCCCAACAUCUAUUUCCGCUCCUGCUGGAUGAUCUUCUCCCCUGUGCUGGUCCUGGUGAGUGCUAUGGCUGACUGAUGUAUUUAUGAUGAGGAGGAGUACAAUUAGCAUAAUUAUGAUGGUGAUGAGGAUUUGAUGUGUUUUCUAGUUGUUGUGUUUUACUUUUUGUAGUCGUUAUAGUAGUGAUAGUCGUAAGGCCAGUGUGAAAAAAAUAUAAUGUAUGCACUCACUAACUGUAAGUCGCUCUGGAUAAGAGCGUCUGCUAAAUGACUAAAAUGUAAAUGUUUCAUCCAAGCCUAACCUGCUCCAUGUGAGUUAGAGUGAGAUUGUUUGCCUCUCCUAUCCUCCCCUGCAGUGCAUUUUGAUCUCCAGCAUCGUCCAAUACACGCCAGCUCGCUAUGGGAAGUCAUACACAUACCCUGUCUGGGCAGAGGUGGUGGGCUGGGGAAUCUCCCUGGUCUCCAUAGUGUGGAUCCCCCUGGGAGCCCUGCAAGAGAUCUGCAGAAAUAAGGGCUCACUGCUGCAGGUGAUCAUUCUUUCAGUAAACCAAAACAAACACACAUACUGAUACUUACAUAGGUAUAGCUCACAGAUACUGUUGUAGCAUCAUGCAUACAUACUCUACUUAUAUACUAGUACUCAUUCAGUGAGGGGAAAAAAGUAUUUGAUCCCCUGCUGAUUUUGUACGUUUGCCCACUGACAAAGACAUGAUCAGUCUAUAAUUUUAAUGGUAGGUUUAUUUGAACAUUGAGAGACAGAAUAACAACAACAAAAUCCAGAAAAACGCAUGUCAAACAUUUUAUACAUUGAUUUGCAAUUUAAUUUAUAACAUUUUUGACAUGCGUUUUUCUGGAUUUUGUUGUUGUUAUACUUACAAGCCCUUAACCAACAAUGCCGUUUUAAGAAAAAAGUGUUAAGUAAAAAAUAGAUAAGUAAAAAAUAACAAAUAAUUAAAGAGUAGCAGUAAAAUAUAAUAGUAGGGAGGCUAUAUACAGGGGGUCAAUGUGCGGGGGCACCGGUUAGUUGAGGUAAUUGAGGUAAUAUGUACAUGUGGGUAGAGUUAAAGUGACUAUGCAUAGAUAAUUAACAGAGAGUAGCAGCAGCGUAAACGAGGGGGUGGGGUGGGGUGGGGUGGGGGGGACAAUGCAAAUAGUCCGGGUAGCCAUGAUUAGCUGUUCAGGAGUCUUAUGGCUUGGGGGUAGAAGCUGUUCAGAAGCCUUUUGGACCUAGACUUGGCGCAGAGAGAACAGUCUAUGACUAGGGUGGCUGGAGUCUUUGACAAUUUUUAGGGCCUUCCUCUGACACUGCCUGGUAUAGAGGUCCUGGAUGGCAGAAAGGUAGUAUGAUAUGUUACAUUUUGUAUGGUAUGUCCAAAGCACAUUUUGUUUGAUAUGUUACGAAUUACAAUUCGUAUUAUAUGUUACGAAUUUGCAAAAUGUACAGUAUGUUAUGAAUUUGCAAAACGUUACUAUACAGUGAGGGAAAAAAGUAUUUGAUCCCCUGCUGAUUUUGUACGUUUGCCCACUGACAAAGAAAUGAUCAGUCUAUAAUUUUAAUGGUAGGUUUAUUUGUAGCCCAUUCCAGCCUUGUGUAGGUCUACAAUCUUGUCCCUGACAUCCUUGGAGAGCUCUUUGGUCUUGGCCAUGGUGGAGAGUUUGGAAUCUGAUUGAUUGAUUGCUUCUGUGGACAGGUGUCUUUUAUACAGGUAACAAACUGAGAUUACGAGCACUCCCUUUAAGAGUGUGCUCCUAAUCUCAGCUCGUCACCUGUAUAAAAGACACCUGGGAGCCAGAAAUCUUUCUGAUUGAGAGGGGGUCAAAUACUUAUUUCCCUCAUUAAAAUGCAAAUCAAUUUAUAACAAUUUUGACAUGCGUUUUUCUGGAUUUUUGUUGUUGUUAUUCUGUCUCUCACUGUUCAAAUAAACCUACUAUUAAAAUGAUAGACUGAUCAUUUCUUUGUCAGUGGGCAAACGUACAAAAUCACCAGGGGAUCAAAUACUUUUUUCCCUCACUGUAUGUUACGAAUUUGCUAAAUGUAUAAUAUGUCACAAAUUCUAGCUAGUUGGCUAACGUUAGCUAGGCUAGGGGUUAGGGUUAAGUUUAGGAGUUAGGUUAAAGGGUUAAGAUAAGGUUUAGCUAACAUGCUAAUCAGUUGCAAAGUCAUUGAAAAGUUGCAAAUUAGAUGUUCGCGUUAUAUGCUAACCCGUCCACCCCAACCAACCACCCUACUUUUGCCUUAAGUAACUAUCUGUCUUAUGUAACCAUACAUAUCAUAUCAUACUCAUUUGAGUGUCCUGGAUUUACAUUUACUAUGUUACGUCUAGUCUAUGAGACCAGGCUGCGCACGCACACACAAACACACAAGCACACAUACACACACACUAUACUGAUACUGUACGUUUUAUCCCACAUGGCAGUCAUAUAAAUAACAAAAGUGCAGUCUGGGCAUCAGCAGACACCAUAAGAAAUUAAACUAUUUAUGUGAUUCUGAACCUCUUCUUCUAUAUAUUCUCUGUGCCCCCAGAGAAUAAAAACAGCUGUGACUCCUACAAUAGAGUUGGAUCCUGUCAACCAUCUGCCAGAGGAGCAGAGAGAAGACAUACCGGAGUCUGUGUCCUUGUUUAUCAUCACUCCUCUGUAA